CAGAUCGGGUAAUACCCGCGGGGCGAGGUGAAAAUUCCAUCACUAGCAGCAGAGUGGCAUCCCGCCCCGUCUUCGCGCAAGCCUAUCUAUCCAUUCCAACCAAACCUAGCAGGCGCCAGGCAGCUACCUUCCUUCCUCCCUCUCACCAAUUCCCUUCCUUCUUUCUGUUACUCUCCUUCCUUGUUCCCACCUGCGGAAGAUUUCCAGAAGGAAAACAGUAUUUGACAGCGAUGGCAGAGGGGAAGCAGCAGGGAUUGGUGUUGACCCCGGCUCAGAAUCCGAUUCAAUCCUUCCAACUCAAGUACAAAGAACUGGAGGCCGGCUUCAAAUCUUGGCUGUCCCAGCAGUCUAUGCCCGUCGAAGCCGCCAUCGUCACCGCCACCAGCGCCAUCCAGGGCGGUGCCAUCGGCGGCCUCAUGGGUACCCUCACCGGCGACAUGGCAUCCCCUCUCUCCCCUCCUCCCCAGGCCUCCUUGAACCCUCAGGCCAUGGCUUCUUUCAAGCAAGCCCAGGCGCUUGCAGGUGGUCCCUUGGCUCAAGCUCGGAAUUUCGCUGUCAUGACAGGUGCCAAUGCCGGUAUUGCCUGUAUCAUGAAAAGAGUGAGAGGCAAGGAGGAUGUCCAGACCAGUAUGGUAGCAGCAUUUGGUUCAGGAGCGUUGUUUUCAUUGGUGAGCGGGAUGGGUAGCCCAAACCCUGCUGCAAAUGCAAUCUCUUCUGGAUUCUUUUUUGCAAUUGUUCAGGGUGGCAUCUACCAGUUAGGACAGAGAUUUUCUCAACCUCCAGCUGAAGAUGAGUACUAUGCAAGAACCCGGUCCAUGCUAAAUAAGCUUGGCCUCCAGAACUACGAGAAGAAUUUCAAGAAGGGCUUGCUGAACGACAACACAUUACCAUUGCUGAACGACAGUGCGCUUAGGGACGUGAGAAUCCCUCCCGGGCCACGGCUGAUGAUUCUUGAUCAUAUUCAGAGGGACCCAGAGUUGAAAGAGAGGAAGAUCCAUCGUGGGUGAGGCUUGGUAGAAUUCUGGGUGUGAAUUUGCUUGGAGUUUUAUGGUAGAGGCGCAGUUAGAUGUGGUGCUUUGCUUUUGGUUAGAUGACUUUAUAUUGUAAUGGGUAAAGCUUGUUUCCUUUUUUUUUUUUAAUGGAUUUUACUACCCUGAUGGAGGUUGUUUGAAUGCUGGUGAUGAUGAUAUUGAGUUUGAGCAUAUGUGGAGCUUCUUUAUUUGUUGAUAAUAAGCAUUUCUGAGCUGCACUUUGCCACGACGAAAUAAGAAAGUGAAGGAAUUCCUCGACAUUGGUUGGAAUAUAAUGGGUGAAUAUAAUAACCCUUCCUCAACCUGGUGA